AUGCCUCGCCAACAAAUCAAUCUAGACCCCUACCGCGACGAGAUCGUCUCCCUCUUCCAACACGGCAUCAGUAGCGACUCCAUCAGCCGCACACUCGAAAGCCGAUAUAACAUACAAGUGCGCGAGCGCACGAUCCAGUCCCGGCUACGCAAGUGGGGACUGACCGACAAGGCAAUGCUCAAGCUCCUGAGGCAGGAGGGGUACGACAUCUCGGAACGGACGCUGAGACGGCUCAGGUUUCGGCUGGGGCUUCAUGCCCGGGCGGAGCGGCAGGGUCAUAUACCGAAAAGCUCGGAGAGUCCAGAGCAGGAGGAGGAAGAGUCUCUCCGGAGAGGCUCUGGGGUCGACGGUGUCGGCAGUGUCGGCGGAGCGGGACUCCGAUCCGAUGGAGGGGCUGCUCGCCAGCACGCACUGGCCAGUGGUGAUACAGCAACGCAGUACCCUGUGGACCUCCCGGAUGUGCACUCGUCACCAAUUGCUGCUUUGACUGGACUACCUGAUCGACUCCCUCCGACAACCGGUCACCCUUUGCGACUGACUCUCCGGUAA